GAUUCUCUGUGAAGAAAUACCAGCCUCAGAAGAGCCACACCAUGGCAGACUCCCAGAUGGCUGACUUUGGGGAGGCUGCCCCGUACCUCCGGAAGACAGAGAAGGAGCGUCUGGAGGCCCAGACUCGGCCUUUCGACAUUCGCACUGAGUGCUUCGUGCCCGACGACAAGGAAGAGUUCGUCAAGGCCAAGAUUGUGUCUCGGGAAGGGGGCAAGGUCACUGCUGAAACAGAGAAUGGCAAGACGGUGACGGUGAAAGAGGACCAGGUGAUGCAGCAGAACCCACCCAAGUUCGACAAGAUCGAGGACAUGGCCAUGCUGACCUUCCUGCACGAGCCCGCAGUGCUGUACAACCUCAAGGAGCGCUACGCGGCCUGGAUGAUCUAUACCUACUCAGGCCUCUUCUGCGUCACUGUCAACCCCUACAAGUGGCUGCCAGUGUACAACGCCGAGGUGGUGGCCGCCUACCGGGGCAAGAAGAGGAGCGAGGCCCCGCCCCACAUCUUCUCCAUCUCCGACAACGCCUAUCAGUACAUGCUGACGGAUCGGGAGAACCAGUCCAUCCUCAUCACAGGAGAAUCUGGAGCAGGGAAGACUGUGAAUACAAAGCGUGUCAUCCAAUACUUCGCCAGCAUUGCAGCCAUAGGUGACCGUGGCAAGAAGGACAAUCCCAAUGCAAACAAGGGCACCCUGGAGGACCAGAUCAUCCAGGCCAACCCCGCCCUGGAGGCCUUCGGCAACGCCAAGACCGUGCGGAAUGACAACUCCUCCCGCUUUGGGAAAUUCAUCAGGAUCCACUUUGGAGCCACUGGAAAGCUGGCUUCUGCAGACAUAGAGACCUAUCUGCUGGAGAAGUCUCGGGUGAUCUUCCAGCUAAAGGCUGAGAGGAACUACCAUAUCUUCUACCAGAUCCUGUCCAACAAGAAGCCAGAGCUGCUGGACAUGCUGCUGCUCACCAACAACCCCUACGACUACGCCUUCGUGUCUCAGGGAGAGGUGUCUGUGGCCUCCAUCGAUGACUCUGAGGAGCUCAUGGCCACUGAUAGUGCCUUUGACGUGCUGGGCUUCACACAAGAGGAGAAGGCCGGUGUCUACAAGCUGACAGGUGCCAUCAUGCACUAUGGGAACAUGAAGUUCAAGCAGAAGCAGCGAGAGGAGCAGGCAGAGCCAGACGGCACCGAAGAUGCCGACAAGUCUGCCUACCUCAUGGGGCUGAACUCUGCUGACCUGCUCAAGGGGCUGUGCCACCCUCGGGUGAAAGUGGGCAACGAGUAUGUCACCAAAGGACAGAGCGUUCAGCAGGUGUACUACUCCAUUGGCGCACUGGGCAAGGCAGUGUAUGAGAAGAUGUUCAAUUGGAUGGUGACACGCAUCAAUGCCACCCUGGAGACAAAGCAGCCACGUCAGUACUUCAUAGGGGUCCUCGACAUCGCUGGCUUCGAGAUCUUCGAUUUCAACAGCUUUGAGCAGCUCUGCAUCAACUUCACCAAUGAGAAGCUGCAGCAGUUUUUCAACCACCACAUGUUCGUGCUAGAGCAGGAGGAGUACAAGAAGGAGGGCAUUGAGUGGGAGUUCAUUGACUUUGGCAUGGACCUGCAGGCCUGCAUUGACCUCAUCGAGAAGGUGCCGCCCAUUCCCCUGCUGUGUCACCAGCUGGAGGGAUCCCUGGAGCAGGAGAAGAAGGUGCGCAUGGACCUGGAGCGGGCAAAGCGGAAGCUGGAGGGUGACCUGAAGCUGACCCAGGAGAGCAUCAUGGACCUAGAGAAUGACAAGCAGCAGCUGGAAGAAAAGCUCAAGAAGAAGGAGUUUGACAUUAAUCAGCAGAACAGUAAGAUUGAGGAUGAGCAGGCGCUGGCUCUUCAGCUGCAGAAGAAACUGAAGGAGAACCAGGCGCGCAUCGAGGAGCUGGAGGAGGAGCUGGAGGCAGAGCGCACCGCCCGCGCCAAGGUGGAGAAGCUGCGCUCAGACCUGUCCCGGGAGCUGGAGGAGAUCAGCGAGAGGCUCGAGGAGGCCGGCGGGGCCACGUCCGUGCAGAUCGAGAUGAACAAGAAACGCGAGGCCGAGUUCCAGAAGAUGAGGCGCGACCUGGAGGAGGCCACGCUGCAGCACGAGGCCACGGCGGCGGCGCUGCGCAAGAAGCACGCGGACAGCGUGGCCGAGCUCAGCGAGCAGAUCGACAACCUGCAGCGGGUGAAGCAGAAGCUGGAGAAGGAGAAGAGCGAGUUUAAGCUGGAGCUGGACGAUGUCACCUCCAACAUGGAGCAGAUCAUCAAGGCCAAGGCAAACCUGGAGAAGGUGUCUCGGACGCUGGAGGACCAGGCCAAUGAGUACCGCAUGAAGCUGGACGAGGCCCAGCGCACCCUCAAUGACUUCACCACCCAGCGAGCCAAAAUGCAGACCGAGAAUGGUGAGUUGACCCGGCAACUGGAAGAAAAGGAGGCGCUGAUCUCACAGCUGACCAGAGGCAAGCUGUCCUACAACCAGCAGCUGGAGGACGUCAAGAGGCAGCUGGAGGAGGAGGGCAAGGCCAAGAACGCCCUGGCCCAUGCACUGCAGUCGGCCCGGCAUGACUGUGACCUGCUGCGGGAGCAGUAUGAGGAGGAGAUGGAGGCCAAGGCCGAGCUGCAGCGUGUGCUGUCCAAGGCCAACUCGGAGGUGGCCCAGUGGAGGACCAAGUAUGAGACGGACGCCAUCCAGCGCAAUGCAUAUGAGGAGUCCCUGGAGCACCUGGAGACCUUCAAGCGGGAGAACAAGAACCUGCAGGAGGAGAUCUCAGACCUGACUGAGCAGCUGGGGGAAGGAGGAAAGAACGUGCAUGAGCUGGAGAAGAUCCGAAAGCAGCUGGAGGUGGAGAAGCUGGAGCUGCAGGCGGCGCUAGAGGAGGCCGAGGCCUCCCUGGAGCAUGAGGAGGGCAAGAUCCUCCGCGCUCAGCUAGAGUUCAGCCAAGUUAAGGCAGAGAUCGAGCGGAAGCUGGCAGAGAAGGAUGAGGAGAUGGAGCAGGCCAAGCGCAACCACCUGCGGGUGGUGGACUCGCUGCAGACCUCGCUGGAUGCAGAGACACGCAGCCGCAAUGAGGCGCUGCGGGUGAAGAAGAAGAUGGAGGGCGACCUCAAUGAGAUGGAGAUCCAGCUCAGCCAGGCCAACAGAACAGCAUCAGAAGGCCAGAAGCACCUGAAAAUCGCCCAAGCGCAUCUGAAAGACACCCAGAUCCAGCUGGAUGACGCAGUCCGGGCCAACGAUGACCUGAAGGAGAACAUCGCCAUCGUGGAGCGGCGCAACACACUGCUGCUGGCUGAGCUGGAGGAGCUGCGCGCCGUGGUGGAGCAGACAGAGAGGUCUCGGAAGCUGGCUGAGCAGGAGCUGAUCGAGACCAGUGAGCGGGUGCAGCUGCUGCACUCCCAGAACACCAGCCUCAUCAACCAGAAGAAGAAGAUGGAUGCAGACCUGUCCCAACUCCAGACUGAAGUCGAGGAGGCCGUGCAAGAGUGCAGGAACGCUGAGGAGAAGGCCAAGAAAGCCAUCACGGAUGCCGCCAUGAUGGCAGAGGAGCUGAAGAAGGAGCAGGACACGAGCGCCCACCUGGAGCGCAUGAAGAAGAACAUGGAGCAGACCAUUAAGGACCUGCAGCACCGGCUGGACGAGGCCGAGCAGAUUGCCCUCAAGGGUGGCAAGAAGCAGCUGCAGAAGCUGGAGGCCCGGGUGCGGGAGCUGGAGAACGAGCUGGAGGCUGAGCAGAAGCGCAACGCGGAAUCAGUCAAGGGCAUGAGGAAGAGUGAGCGGCGCAUCAAGGAGCUCACCUACCAGACCGAGGAGGACAAGAAGAACCUGCUGCGGCUGCAGGACCUGGUGGACAAGCUGCAGCUGAAGGUCAAGGCCUACAAGCGCCAGGCUGAGGAGGCGGAGGAGCAGGCCAACACCAACCUGUCCAAGUUCCGCAAGGUGCAGCAUGAGCUUGAUGAGGCGGAGGAGCGGGCAGACAUUGCCGAGUCCCAAGUCAACAAGCUGCGGGCCAAGAGCCGCGACAUUGGCACCAAGGUGGGUCCCUUCCCUGGGCUUCAGCAGUCACCCCCACAUCAGCAACACCUCCGACCUCAGCCCCACACAAAACAAACGCACAACACGAAACCAGCACAGCCAUAA